UCCAGCUGCUUGAGGACAAGAUCAUCACUUUUGUGAAGACUGAGCUGAAGAAGAUGCAAAAGGUUGUGAGUCCAAAUUACCCAGAAUGCUUAGAGAGUCAAAGGAGCAGCAGCAGAGAGGCAUUUGUGAAGAUCACAUCGGACUUCCUGAGGGAAAUGAAGCAGGAGGACCUGGCUGACCGUCUGCAGAGCAGAACUUUCAGUAAAGUUUGUAAAAAGGAACUUAAAUCUGCACUGAAGAAGAAGUUCCAGUGUGUUUUUGAGGGCAUCGCUAAAGCAGGAAACCCAACCCUUCUGAAUCAGAUCUACACAGAGCUCUACAUCACAGAGGGAGGGACUGCAGAGCACCUGAUCAGAAAACUGAGCCUGUCUGGGCUAAACACCUCCCUCUGCAACUGGAUCCUGGACUUUCUGACGGAGAGGCCUCAGACAGUCUGGAUUAGAAACAGCAUCUCCAACACCUCAGAGCUACUGAGUGGCUGUAACCUGUCAGAGAAAAGCUGUGAAGCUCUGUCCUCAGUUCUCAGCUCACAGUCAUCUAGUCUGACAGAGCUGGACCUGGGUAACAACAGCCUGCAUGAUUCAGGACUGAAGCUUCUGUCUGCUGGGUUGAAAAGUCCAUACUGCAAAUUGGAAACGCUAAGACUGAGUGGAUGUAACCUGUCAGAGAGAAGCUGUGAAAUGCUGUCUUCAGUUCUAAGCUUUGAGUCCUCUAGUCUGAGAGAACUGGACCUGGGAAACAACAACCUGCGGGAUUCAAAACUGAAGCUUCUGUUUGAUGCAGUGGAGAGUCCACAGUGUACACUGGGAAUUCUCAG